AUGGCUCCUCCGAAGUAUUUGGAGGCCGCGAAGAAGGCUUGUCAGCGGAGGAACGAUGCUCUUGCUGCUUUUUAUCAACCUCCAGAGUGGGAUGAAUCAAAAUUGCCCGCGAAUCUGACCGAGUACUCCCUAGAUUCGGGAUACUAUUCUUCAGAAGAGCUUAAGAUAAUUCAGACGUCGGCCAGGGAUAUUCUGGUUAAUAUUGCACAGAAAGAAUGGACUUCCCUAGCAGUCACGCAGGCAUUCUGCAAGGCUGCAGCACUCGCUCAGAAACUGACGAACUGCUUGACAGAAGUCCUCUUCAAAGAAGCCUUCGAGACGGCUAGGACUCUGGACGAGCACCUGGAGCUGACCGGAAGUAUUGUUGGCCCUCUCCACGGUCUCCCGAUCUCGUUGAAAGAUUGCUUCAUCAUUGCACCUUAUCCAGCUUCCAUCGGACUGGCCGCCCUAGCGAACCAGCCUCAAAAUAAUGACACGGUUCUGGUAUCGAUCCUUCGAGAGCUGGGCGCCGUGCUCUACGCCAAAACAAAUGUACCUACAAGUAUGCUCAUGACAGAGACGACAAACUGCAUCUGGGGCGAGUGUCGCAACCCACUUCAGAAACUACUCAGUCCUGGAGGAUCCAGUGGAGGGGAAGCCGCGUUGAUCGCUUUCCAUGGCUCGCCACUCGGGGUCGGUACCGACCUAGGUGGGAGCAUCCGCACACCUGCAGCGUGGUGCUAUUUGUAUGGCCUCAAGCCCAGUGUUGGUCGAUUUCCGUCAUGGGGAGGCAUGUCUGGGAUUCCUGGACAGGAAUUUGUUCCUGCCGUAAGUGGUCCCAUGGCAAGAGAUCUAGAUUCUCUGCGCCUCUUUUGUGAGACGAUUCUAUCCCCAGCCGCGGCCCCCUGGAGAAAAGAUCCAAAAUGCCUCCCGAUGGAGUGGAAAACCAGUGUGCUGAAGCAGGGAACAAAGCUCCGGGUUGGGCUGAUCGGGAGACAUGAUGGUGUGGUCCACUGUCAUCCUCCUGUCGAAAGGGCUCUGGGGUUGGUGAAAACGGCCUUGGAGGCCCAAGGUCAUGAAGUAGUUGACUGGCGCGUGGAUGACCAUGGCGAGAUUCUCAGAACUCUUCAACUGGGGCUGUCCACGCUCAGUGGCACAACUGUCGCCGACAUGCUCGAGGAGUGGGAUGAGCCGUUGCUUCCUUCCAUGGGCAGCUUCAAAGCCUCGCCCGAGCGCAGAAUAGUCCAGGCCACGGUCGUGGGCUCUAACAAUUUGAAAAAGGGAGAGUUGCAAAAGUCGUACCUCGAGCGCAUGGCAUCGAUCGAUUGCAUCAUUCAAGCAGUUUCCCCAUUUGCCGCCGCACGUCUGGGUGCUACGCAGGAGAGAUUCUACGUUGGGUAUACAGCUGUGUGGAACCUACUAGACCUUCCUGUUUGCACAUUUCCAGUGACAAUGGCCGAUAGAGAUCUAGACAAGGCCCGGGACCUGUCACAAUUUCAAUAUCUUAACGACCUAGACUCCAAGGUCCAAGCAGAGUAUGACCCGGACAUCUACCACGGCGCUCCUGUUUCAUUGCAAAUCGUGGGCAAACGGUUAGAGGAAGAAAAGGUCCUGGACAUGGUGGACGUUGUGGCAAAGGCUCUGAAGCAAUAUUGA